UGCCCUGCACCUGAGACCAAUGUGAAAAGACGGAAUUAUGGAUCCAUUUAUUAACAUUGUGAAUUUUAAAAGGUGCGAGUUAGAAAUUAUAGUAGCCUGUACUUAAACUAUUGAUUUAUCUGCACUAGCUAGUCAGUUCUACGUAGAGUUUUGUGGUCAUCUUGAGCCCUAGAGUCGGACACCAAAAGGGACUGCUUUUUUAAGGUACGAAACUGGGUUGUCCUGAGGAAAUCCAAUUAAUCCAAGUACAUUUUUGUUUUUUGGUAAAAUGGUGGUAAAUGGGUGAAACAGCUGAAAUCUGUGUUGCCAAAGGUAAGUUGUGUGAAAAGUAAGGUAUAAAUUCAGAGACCUUAAAGGGCUUGAGACAUCGCUUCUGAUAUAACUGGCAGAUGACCUGCACCUGCUGGCUGUGGACAGAAGUGUCAGCUGUCCACCGCCAUGUCAUGCAAGCUCUAGUUUAUAAAUUCCUACACGAGUAAUCAAAACCGUCCAGAUCAAGUACUUUUCGUGCCAAAUGUUCUGUUUUAUACGGCCUGUAUUUCUGAACAGCGGUCAUGGAUAUGGGAGUCGUGAGCACGUUGUAAAGUUGACACGAGUAUUUGGUUCCUUUUGGCAACCGGUUUAAUUUCAGCAAUUUCUCCCCUUUCUCUUCAUUUGGCACCUGCCGGCCAGUUCCUGAAUUUGUCCCGUCUUUUUUGUUGCGCCUUUGCUGUAAAACAAGCCUGUUCAAAAGUUCCUUCACAAACGUGCCGGACAUUUCACCGCCGUAAGUGCAGGAAAGAGAAGCUUUAACGCUCGUUAAGAUGUAGGUGACGCAGCAGCAGGGAGUCUCGCGCACUUUUGUUUGUUCAGGCAACAGCCGACAACAGCCGGAGGAUUAUACGAGCCAGGCAGCUGCUGGAGAAAGUUAGUUAGAGGCGUGGAGGACGUGCAAGUAUAAGACCUGCAUUGCAAUUCAGCCUGGAUAAACGCGUCCACUAAACGAAGGAUUUCAUCCCGACCAUGUACAACACCGCGUGCGUGGCGUCUGCCGGCCGGGCUGUGCUGGAGAUGGUCCAGUUCGACUGGGAGCCACUGUCCCACGGGGAGUUGGACCAGCGCCUCGACCAUGCGGUGGAGGAGAUUUUGGAAGCCGAACUGAUUGAGAAAGCAAGAGCCGUUGUUGGGCCGACGUACGUUCUGCAGGCGGAGCAAGCGCCGCAGUUCCAGCAAGCCGAGGGACCGGCACACGCUCAGCAGUUAGAGCUCCAGCUUUCCCAGUCCCAGCAGAUACAGCUGCCAAGCAACACAGAGGAAGAUAACAGAGCGGUCAAGUACGUCACAGACCUCCUCCAGAACUCGGACUCCAGCUACAACCGGAAGCGGCUGACGGGCCGCGCCCGCCUGUCCCUCCCGCACACGGUGCUCCUGUCGCUCACGCUACUCCGCAGGCGGCUGAGCUACCGCUCCGUCUCCAGCCGCUUCCGCGUGGAGAAGGGCAACAUCCACCGCGUCUUCUUCUCCUUCUGCGAGCGCGUCAACGCCCUGGCUGCGCAGCAGAUACGCUGGCCCGCCGGCCAAGAGGCAGGGCAAAACCUGGACUUCCUGUCUGGAGCGGAGAGUUUAGAGAGCCCGGGAAUCCCCAAGGUGUUCGGAAUUCUGGGAAGCACUCGCAUCCCUAUCCGUCUGCCAAUCGGGAAGCAGCGGAUCGAGGGCGGGCUGCUGGAAGUGAAAAAAAUGAGAAAGGAGGUCCAUCCCGACUCGUGGCUGAACUUAGAGCUUGUGUGCGACAGGCAGGGAAAGUUUCUGCACUGCAGGAUCAGUAAAGGCUCAGACACCGACAAAGCCAGCUCUCUCAAACAGGAACUCAAGCUGAACCCCCACAUGCUACCGGAAGGGUCCUGCUUGGUGGCCAGGACUGGGUACCCCCUCUCCGGCCAAAUACUGACCCCGUACCCCACGUGUGCCUGUCCCAGGGAGUACCUUUACAAUCAGACCCUGGAGCCCCAUUUGGACGUGUUUGAUCAGGCGGUGGUCCAGCUCAAAUCCCGCUUCCAGAGGCUGUGGUACUUGGACAUGGGGAACUUCGAGAGGGCCCGCGCGGUGGUGCUGACGGCCUGCGUUCUGCACAACGUCUUCCUGCAGAUGGGGGACGGGGAGGGGGACGCCGUGCCUGAGAGGACCGAGACGGAGGAGCGAGAGGACGAGGGGGAAGGAGAGACGGAGGAGGAGGGCGUGAGGAAGAGGGAGGCCAUCGCAGAUCUGCUGUACAGAGAGCGGGAGGCCGAUGGACUUAAGUGCGUUUGGGAGCAGAUUGUGACAUCAGAGGGAGAGAGGAGGACAGAGGAGGGGGGGGAAGGGCUGGAGGGUACUACGGUAAAUACACAGCAAUAAUUCGUUUUGCAGGAUUGGCUUGUUUUUUGUUUUUUUUUCUUUCUGUUUAUCUUGACUGUUCUUGCAACAAACUGAUUCAACAAACAAGACUUUAUUUUUUUUUGAACUGUUUCAAUUUUUUAUUAAAAGAAAGAAAUAAAGAAGAAAAAAAAACAGCGUGUCCUUGAUUGAGUUCCUGCUCAAAACGCGCAAAUAUUUACAGAGGGACACACCAGCACUUUUCAGCCACGCGCUUAUCUAGCCGCUGCUCUCGUUUGGCAGCUGGGCGUGGUUUUCCUCGGCCAGGUUGGAGAUGGCUCUGGCCAAGUUAUUGAUUGCUUCGAUCUUCCUCUCCUCUAAAGCUUUUUGCUGCGCCCAGAGAUUCAUCUUCCUCUCCUGUAGCUCCAAGUACAGCUGCAACACGUCCUGGGGAGGCCGAGAUGAGUAGGGAGCAGACGGCAACGUCGGAGUCGGAAGGAUCGGAGUGAAUUUUUUAGCCGGUAGAGCUCUGCCCAGUUUGCCGCCGUUGAGUUUCUUCUGUGCCGCUAGGUCCUCUCGGCUUUUCCCCAGGACGCUGUGCAUAGUCUGGAAGAACUCCCAGUGCACGCUCUGCGCGCCCAGCCUCUUCGCUCUUUCCGCGUUCUUCCUGUACGUCGCCAGCAUGUUUCUCCAUUUUAAGUCACAUUCGUAAGCCUUGACGAUAACGUCUUGAUUCCCGGCGGACCUGAGGUUGGCCGUAACCCUCUCAGCUACGGUCUCCCACAGCUUCUUCUUCUUACAGACCGGCUGGUCAAAAUCGGUGUCCAUGGCCAAUCGCGUGCGGGCCAACUGCCAGGUGGCUUGCAGGGUCCACACAAAUUCUGCUGCAAGGUGGUAGAG